AUGCAACUUGCUGGUAGUACUACCAAUCUUGGUUUAGCUAUGGCUGAUUCUCCGCAUCACGAUGAUGCGGGUAAAACAUUGAUCUUAUCGAUUAAAGAGGAUGUUAUAAAUUUAAAGCAAAAAUCUGAAGAAGUCUUGCAAUCGAUUGCUUUUCGGGCUAUGAUUUUUUUCCAAAUUAUUGCCUACGGAUCGUAUUCGAUCUUAGUUCAUCUUUGCGAAGAAAAUCACGCAAUAGCAUUCUCGUCCACAGCAAUGAAUUUCAUUCUGGAAUUUGUGAAAUUAUGUUUUUCAUUCAUCGGAGUUAUUUACUCAUCAACAACAAUAAAAUUCUCACCGGAUUUACCGCAAUACGUCGCAUGGUUUCGACAAUCAUUACCGUAUUCAAUGCCGGCUAUUCUAUAUUUUAUCAAUAACAACCUUGCUGUUCAUAUGCAACUCUAUAUGGAUCCGGCGUCCUAUCAAAUUUUGGCCAAUUUUAAAAUCUUUACAACUGCAAUUCUCUAUCGAUUAUUGAUUAAGCAUAAGUUAAGCAGACAACAAUGGUUUGCAUUAUCAUUAUUAUUCUUCGGUGGACUUGCGUAUAGUAUUGGAACAAUUAAAAAUUCAUCGCUUACAUCCAAAAGAUCGACGACAUCAUCGACACAGAUGCGUGAAAUGUAUAUACAUCCAUUUGGUAUUCCAAUGAUAGCUAUCUAUUGUACAUUGAGUGGCUUAGCUGGUGUUUAUAAUGAAUAUAUUCUUAAAAAACAUUAUAGCGAGUCAUUACACUUACAAAAUCUUUUUCUUUAUUCGUAUGGUACAAUACUAAAUUUCAUUCCGGCGAUGGGUUCAGCAAUCGUAGCUUUACAUACAACCCGAUCAUUUAAUCCACUUCGUGGCUUUUCAUUUUAUACCUGGUUAAUUGUGGUCACGCAAGCUUUGAACGGACUGUUUAUGUCUGUAGUUAUUAAACAUUCAUCGAACAUUAUUCGACUCUUUGUUAUUUCGUUUUCAUUGAUCGUUACAGCUGUUCUUUCAUAUUUUAUCUUUCAUAUUAAUUUUAAUAUUUAUUUCUUUAUUUCAUUUGUAACCAUGACUUGUGCUCUUUCACUUUAUUAUUCAUAA